CGGAAAGCCAAAACGACCCUAUUUCUCAGCAGCAGAGGAGAAAUGGCAGGCAUCCCUCGUAUCGGAGACAGUGAGAUACGUCGGCGACGGGACAAUUCAAGCCACCUGCCUGCGAUCUGCGGACCCUAUAUACGACUGCGACGGUGAUCACUUUGGUAAGGGAGAAAAGGGAUAUAAAGAGCUGAAGCACGAGGUGAGUUGGAUUCUGCUUCAUGUUGUUGCUUUCUCAAUAAGCCAGGUGAGAAGACAACAAUUCAUCUGCAUAAGCCCACACUCAAGUCUCGAACAUCGGUCUUUGUUACCACUCAAGUCUCAAUACUCGACACGCUGAUUGCGACUUCACUAACUUUCGAUACAAAUCUGCUACGAGACAAGAAGCGUCUCCAACAACUCUUAAAUUCUAGGAAAGACCUGAAAAGAGAAAAGAAAAAUGGCGAAUGUCAAGAUCGUCUCGCAGGCCGAGUAUCUUCCUCUCCGCCUGUCGCUCCUCGAGUCCGAGAAGGAGAACACCAGGGCGCGCGAUGAGCUUGCCCGCCAACGCCGAUCUCUACCCGUGGUCGAGGUGACCACGCCGUACACCUUCACCAACGAGGACGGCAAGGAGGUCAGCCUGGUGGACCUUUUCGACGGGCGGCCGCAGCUCAUCAUCUACCACCUGAUGUUCAGCCCGGACUGGGAGGCGGCAUGCGCGAGCUGCUCUCUGCUGGGCGACUCAGUGCCGGAUCUGCGCCAUCUGCACGGGCAUUCGACCACGUUCGUCGCCGUGAGCCGAGCCCCGAUCGACAAGAUCCGCGCGUACAAGCAGCGCAUGGGCUGGACGUUCCCCUGGGUCUCGUCGUCCGGGUCAAGCUUCAACUACGACUUCGGGGCCACGCAGGACGAGGCCGUCCGGCCCAUACAGUACAACUUCAAGGACAAGGAGGAGAUGGAGAAGCGCGGGCUCGCCCACUUCGCGAGGGGCGAGCAGCCGGGACACUCGGUCUUUGUGCUCGGGGGGCCCCUGACCGGCAUCGGCGACGACGGCAAGGUUUACCACAGCUACAGCAGCUACGCGCGCGGCGGCGAGCCUAUCAUCAACACCUUCACUUGGCUCGACAUGACCCUGUUGGGCAGGCAGGAUGGGCUCAGCGGGGUGGGAGGGUUGGGGUUCAAGAGGCACGACGAGUAUACCGCCGAGGACUUGAAGGGGCUGCCUAUCGCGAAGAUUGGAGCUUGA